UCCCACACAUUCUCACUAGCUCAUGCUCUUCACAUUUUUGAAUCACUAACCAAAGUGCGUCUCCAUCUAAUUUAAAUUUUAGAAAUAUUUUAUUGCUCAUUAGAAACUUAUAUUUAUUGUCCUGUGGAAGAGAUCUGCUACUGAGACAAUGAACACAUUACAAAUCCUGGCUUUCCUGCUAGCUGGCUUCACAUUUUGUGUAGAGGCUCACAAAGGAACAUUACAGCCGUAUACUGAGGCAGCCACAGAGGGGGAAACUGAAAAUACAUUGUCAUAUUCAUCUGAAUUACAUACUCAGGGUCCUGCAACAGAAGUUAAUAUUACAGAGAACUACGACAUCUUUACAGAGGCUUCAAAAACUAACAUAGAGACUACAAUCCCAAGAAACGAUACUUCAACAAAUGUAGAAGUUAAGGAAGACCCUGAAGGCCUAGAGGUACGCACGCUGAUUGGAAUAAUAGCUGGCACUGCGUUAAUGAUUGGAUUUAUUGCCAUAAUUAUCCUAUUAAUUCUGCGAAAAAUGGGCAGAUAUUCUAGACCCUAAACAUCUGGGAAAAGAAGAAUGGCAAAAGACAUAUGUAUCUCGCUACAGAAUAAAGACAUGGGACAAACACGGAAGUAAUGGAAAAAUCAUUAACACCCAGUUCAACACAUCACCAUUUAGGGGCUGUGGCCAAUUUUGUAUGGAGACAUUCUUCUGGAAAACAAAAUAUUUUUCUGAACUCUAAAAGCCAUGAUUCUUUAAGACAACUGGUAAGGAUUUUCGUAAGAACUAAGAAAUAUACUCAAGAUUGGGCAGGUGUGGACCCCUCACCUGUAUAAACUACAAAUGUUGCUGUCAUCAAAUUCUAUUCCCCAUUAUUUUAAGCCAGCUGAUUGUUAUCUACAAUAAUUACAGUUGCUAUUAGACACAAUCCUACAGCCCCAAGUUUCUAACCCCCUGCUAAAAAAUUCUGAGCCCCCCUUCAAGCCAGAUUACUGCACCCCCCUCAAUGCCCGUGAGUGCAUGGAUUGGUGGGAGAUACAGGUACUUGUCAGCCCCCUCGAAAUAAAGGGGGGUGAUCACUGCAUUGUUUGCUGCUCUUCAAGAUUAAAGGUCAAGUAAGCCCCAUUUCAUCCCCUUGCAUUUUAAAUGUUAUUACAGUUGCUAGAGAAUCAUACAUACUAGUGCUACAACAGUCAUCAUAGUCACCUAUAGUAUAGGUAGACUGCAGUGUUGUUUUCAAGUAAAAAUAUAUAGCACUAAGGCAGUCAUAGUGCUCUUUAGCUGUUUUUGCUAGGAAAAAAAUAUGUUUUAUGCCUCCAGAGAUGUUUAAUAAACAAAGAACAGGAAGCCAGAUGCAGGGGCAUUUUUGCCAUUAGUCAAAAAGAAAACUUUGCCUCUUGUGGUAAAAAUCCACCCUUUGUAACUCAAAGCAUAAGGAAAGCUAUAGCUAUUUACAAUGUGCCAAGAGCACUUUGCCCAGUAACUUUAUCACUGGAUAUCCCAGGAGUACCGGGGGAUUACUGGGGGAUACCCAGAGACAAAUUUACUGAGCAAAGUGCUCUUGGCACAUUUUAAAUAUCUAGAGUUUCAGUCACAAGACACAACUCCUAAUUAUUUGCCAUAAAGAAGUAGAGGGUGUCACAUAAAUACCAGAAAAUGCAGUCCCCCAAAAAAAGCACACUUGCAUGCCUGGUAUAAGUGGAAAGAAUACAUUUCUAUUCAGCCAAGUAUGUCAUUAAAUAUAUAGAGGUACUGUCACAUUCAUGACAAAAUGAGUCCCUUAUUAUAACUGAUUUUAUAUUGUCGAGUUGCUUGAAAUACUCCCUACAGCUUUUUAAAGAGAUAAUACUAAGCCCUGUGUGCUUUCAGGCAGAGAUAUUGAGCAUUUGGUCCCACACCCACAGUACUAGAAAUUCUCCAAAAUUGCCCUGAGUCUGAUAAAAAAAAUACAGCUUGCUGGGAAGUUAAGACAUUGGGAAAAAAAAACCUUGGGAACAGCGACACUUAGUGGAAAAAAGAAGAAAUGAAGUGCCUUGUGCUUCUGGGAUUUUUCCCCCCAGGAAAGAAAAGGUUUCUUGUUUAUACUUGCCCCAUGGGGAAGGGGGGUGUGGGCAUAAGAAAACUUCCUGCCAGUCUUAUGUUCCUAGUAGGCUCCCUGACUUACACACAAAGGCACUUUCUCUAGCACGCGUCAGUUCUGGCUAAAGCAACUUUGGUCAUCAGUGAAUGUUUUGAGUCACAGACUUUCUGGAUAAAUUCUCAUGAUAAAGCGUUUGCUUAAUGACAAUGAAUAUGUUAUGCUAUUUGAUAAUGAAUGCUACAACAUGGUAUUACAUUAAAAAUCCAUUGAAAGACCAAUUACAACUAAAACUUUCAAAUAUGUUAUUAGUUCCGAUUGCUGGCAAUGGAACGUACCAAGAACUGCAUUAUAAUAUCAUGUAUUAUUAUUAUAGCCAUCAAUAUAUUUCAUUUCAACCCCAACUGUUUGCAGGAAACUGACUAGAAUAAUAAAAUAAAAUUUGGUAUAAUA